CUCGCGCCUUCACGGGAGAACGUCGGACAGUCCAAAACCUAAAAAGCGUCUUUGCAAGUCUGGAAUUAUUGAAUCGGAGGACAUCAUACAAUCCAAGAAUGUCACAUGAAGGUGUCAGCUGUGUAAACCAGUUUGGUGGUGUUUUUGUCAAUGGACGGCCUCUUCCAACAUGUAAAAGAUGGAAAAUCAUUGAGCUGGCGACAAGAGGAAUGAGAGCCUGUGAAAUUUCUAGAAUAUUGCAGGUAUCAAAUGGCUGUGUCAGUAAAAUUCUAUGCAGGUAUCAACAAACUGGUCUUAUAUGCCCAAAAGCUAUCGGGGGGAGCAAACCACGUCUCAUCACACCAGAAGUGAGUGCCAGAAUUGCCCAGUACAAACGGGAGAAGCCAUCUAUAUUUGCUUGGGAAAUUCAGGGCAAGCUCCUGGCAGAUAGAGUCUGUGCUCAUGAUAAAAUUCCAAGUGUUUCAUCUGUUAAUCGAGUUCUAAGGAACAUUGAACUGGAACAGGGAAUUGGAAUCCUAGGAACUUCUCAUGCACCCUUCUGGAGUUAUGAAUUCCAAAAAGCUCACUAUCCCGACAUUGUGACUCGAGAGCACCUGGCUACAAAGAUCAGUCUACCGGAGGCCACAAUACGGGUCUGGUUUUCAAACAGAAGAGCAAAAUGGAGACGUGAGGAAAGGCUAAAGAUAGAAACCUAUUACAAAAGCAAAGAGUCUUUGCCACCACUGAGACCGAACUCCGAACUGAUCAUUCCUCCUCCAUGUUCAUUUGCUGCCUUUCCUCUUCCUGUCUUGACUGAGAGCCAGCCUACCCAGUACUUGAUAGUAGAAGUGAUGAAGAAAGCAGCUUUGCGUCUUUCUAAUUUUUAA